AUAAAUUUAUGGGAUAUUUCAAAAAUAGGCCACCAUUCCAAAAGAGAGUAGCAAACUCAUCUCUUCUAAGUUAAUCUGAUGAAAUUUUAUUGGAUGAUCUAUUAUUUUUAAUUUCAUGCUUUGAGAAUAAUCAUUCAGAGUUUAUAACAAAAGCACCAUCAUAUUAUAUAUAAUAGUAUUUCCAACUAACAUGUGAAUAGUAUAAAUACUUAAAUUUUAUUUAGGGAAUUUGCAAAUUCAUAUCAAAUAAGAAAUAAAGUUCUUUUGACAUGCCAUUUGAUGUUGCACGAAUUUUAAUUAGGUAUUGAUUUUGCAGAUCACUUUUUGAAUUAGAAGUUUACAAUUCUUAUGAAUAGAAAAUCGCCAACACUUAUAAAAACAAAUCAAUAAAAAGAAGAAUGGCUAUCAGCAAAUAUUUAAUUAAGCUAUUUUCAAUAUUUACAAAAACUUGCCGUUAAUAUUUAAGUUUUUCAUGCCUGCAAAGUUUAACAAUAUCCAUUAUUUUAAGAAGGACAAAAAUUUAUUGAUAUAUAAACAAAGCUACUGUGGUUAUUUAAAAUAAGCAAUUUAGUAUAUUAAUUAUUUAAAGUGUAAGGUUAAUAGUGGAUUAGGAUAAAUGGAAGCUUUGAAAUCUGCAUUACAAAUGGUGCCUGAAGAUUUAUUAUUAAAAGAGAUAGUACUUGUAUACUGGUCAGACAUAAUAGUCUUUUAUAAUUUUUUAAGCAAAGAGGUAUUAUAUUAUGAGAACUAUAGAUUUUAUAAUUAUUAGAUUAUUAUAGACAUUUAGCGACACAUAUUUGUUUGUAAUUCUACGAAUUAUAUUUACAAUUAUUUUAAAUAAGGAAUUCUAUAUCUGAUUUAUAUAAAUAUAGGAAACAUUUUGAUAGAGAUAAUGUUAUUAAAUAACCAAAAUGGUUUGAUGUAAAUAAACCAGUUCAUAAAUAAAUAGAAGAGUUUAUGUUAAAAUAAAAAUUAAAUAUGGGUAAUCAUACAGAUAGAACUCCAUAAAAACCUUAAAUAUCAAGUAGAGGUUCAAAAUCAUAGAUUGCAUUUGAUACAAGAAUAGAUUUAAGUAAAGUAACAAGGAAAGAUAAUACAAUAAAAACACAUAGAGCUGGUAGAUAAGGAGAUAGUGAUGGAGAUGAUGAGGAUUUUGAAGAAUUAAAAUAAAUCCUACAAAAUUCAAAUAUGCAAUCUAAAUUAACUAAAAAAAAAUAAUAAUAAAAAUAAUAACAAUAGUAAGAUUCUUAAGUGUCUUUCUAAAAAUAAUCUCAAGAAGAAGGCACUGAUUUACCUAAAGGUGAUUGA